UUCUCAUUAGUGGGAGACCGGGAUGCUCCGCCGCCGCUGCUGGAAAUGCUUCAGGACCUGAAGGAGCCUGGGAGCCGCCUUGUUACCAGACACCAGCUCCGUCUCUGGAGGUUCACACCGGCAGGAUCGCUUCUGGAUCCGCUCUGCGAGGAGCCGGAGUGAAGAGAGAGUUGUUCGGAGCCGGAGCUCGUUCGUCUUUGACGCUCACAAGUUUAGACAGCUAAUGCUAACGCUAAGCUAAUAAUAUUAGCCUCGCUCGCUAGGUAAAUACGCUGCUCGCUUCUCGGACUUUCCAACGAACCAGGCCGUCCACCUCGGACCCGGGUCGGCAGGAGACAGCUUACACCACAUCAGAUUCAGGUGGGACGGGGAGGCUCGCUCCUCGGAGGAGAUGGGUGGAUUUUGGUGGCGCUGCACAUAAAGCUAAGUGGCUGUUAGCAUACAAGCUACAUGCUAGCUGGCGGGUGCUAACGCCGCCGAGCCGGCCAGCCAGCAACUUCCCCCGCGGAGUUUCGGCGAGCUAACCACGGCUGUACCGUCGCCCACGGGCCCGCUCGGUCGCUGGAAGCCCCCCGCCUGCACCCAUGUUCGAAAUGGAGACACACAUCUCGUGCCUUUUCCCGGAGAUCCUGGCCAUUAUUUUCAGUUAUCUGGACGUAAAAGACAAAGGGAGAGUAGCCCAAGUGUGCGGGGCCUGGAGGGACGCGUCCUACCACAAGUCGGUGUGGAGGGGGGUGGAAGCCAAGCUGCAUCUGCGGCGGGCCAACCCGUCCCUGUUCCCCAGCCUGCAGACCAGGGGCAUCAAGAAGGUCCAGAUCCUCAGCCUGAGGAGAAGCCUGAGCUACGUGAUCCAGGGGAUGCCGCACAUCGAAAGCCUUAACCUGUGCGGCUGCUUCAACCUCACGGACAACGGGCUCGGACAUGCCUUUGUGCAGGACAUCCCGUCUCUGCGGGUGUUGAACCUAAGCCUCUGCAAGCAGAUCACAGACUCCAGCCUGGGCAGGAUUGCUCAGUACCUCAAAAACCUGGAGGUGCUUGAACUCGGCGGCUGCAGCAACAUCACCAACACCGGCCUGUUGCUCAUCGCCUGGGGUCUGCACCGGCUCAAGAGCCUGAACCUGCGCAGCUGCAGGCAUGUGUCCGACGUGGGCAUCGGGCACCUGUCCGGCAUGACCCGCAGUGCUGCAGAGGGCUGCCUGUCCCUGGAGAAGCUGACCCUGCAGGACUGCCAGAAGCUGACCGACCUGUCCCUCAAACACGUCUCCAAGGGCCUGAACAAACUCAAAGUGCUCAACCUCAGCUUCUGUGGAGGGAUCUCAGACGCUGGGAUGAUCCACCUGUCACACAUGACCCACCUGUGCAGCCUGAACCUGCGCUCCUGCGAUAACAUCAGUGACACGGGGAUCAUGCACCUGGCCAUGGGCUCCCUGCGGCUGUCUGGACUCGAUGUGUCUUUCUGUGAUAAGAUCGGGGACCAGAGCCUGGCCUACAUCGCCCAGGGCCUGUACCAGCUCAAGUCCCUCUCUCUGUGCUCCUGCCACAUCAGUGACGAUGGCAUCAACCGGAUGGUGCGGCAGAUGCACGAACUCAAAACUCUCAACAUUGGACAGUGUGUGAGAAUCACAGACAAAGGGUUGGAGUUGAUAGCCGACCACCUGACCCAGCUGACAGGGAUCGAUCUGUACGGUUGUACCAAGAUCACCAAGAGGGGUCUGGAGAGGAUAACGCAGCUCCCGUGCCUUAAAGUGUUAAACCUGGGACUGUGGCAGAUGACCGAGAGUGAGAGAGUGAGGUGAAAAGAGUAAUCUAAUUUAGUAAUCAUGUGUUUUCAUUGUGCAUAGCGCUCAGUUUCUUAAUUUUGAUUUCUAAACUGUGACUAAAAACAAGGAGAGGGACUCAUCGAUCACUGGAAUAUUGUUCACCUCUGCUGCAAUAUCCACCUUUACUCUGACUUUCUCAGUUUUGUUCUCUCUCUCUCUCUCCUCUGGAGGUGCAUCGUUUAAUCUCAGCCGGUGUUCAGUUCUUACUAUCUAGCUACCUCACCCAUCUAACACAGGAGUGCCUACGAUUGCUGAACACCAGAGUACAUUGCUUAUUUUUGUGACUCACCCACCAAUGGAGAUUUUGAUAUUUCAGAAAAAGUGUCAUUGCAGAAUAUUAGGUAGGCAUUUAAACUCUUAACAGAAAGGCUGGAGAACCUUGGAUUGAAGUUUUGAUAGAUUUUUUUUUGUCUGACGUAUUUUUUUACUUGUAACCAGUAUUUUUUUUGUAAUGAACGACUGUUGUUGACAAAAUUGUACUUCAAAUUGAAGUGGGUGGAUCACUCCUGUUUGUCAUUGUUUACGUAUGUAUAGUUGGCUAUGUUUCGUAUUCCUGAGGAAACAAGUAUGUAUCAGAUGUUCCGCUAUGCUUCUCUGUCUAAGGUUCAUCAACUCGACUCCAAUAACGCAUAGUAAUUAACAUGCUGCCAAGGCUUUAUGCAAUACCUUAAACUGAUCACCAGUGGGUUUUCUCCUGAGGAGCUUCCAACGAUAGUGUCAGAGUAUUUGUUUAAAAAAAGCAGUAAUUUAAGAUUGUUUUAUAUUCAUACAGUAGUGAUAUUUAUGAAUAAAGAUGGCAAAUACGUUUCAA